CUUGUGUUAGCCAGCUUAAAAUUUUUCAGAGCCCAUUUACAUGUGUUUCACUUUCCUGUGUGUUUGAGGGGUCUCCAAGAUCACUUGUAAUUUUGUUCCCUUAACUGUAGUUGUUUAUGGAGUGUUUACAAAGAGUAGUACAGGUGGGGAGAGGGGUUUGCCUCUGUUUUUAAGGUGAGAGUUUUUUGUGAACCCUUUGCCACUCUGUUAAAAACUCCAGACAAGUAUGUUGGGUCUUCAUCUGGUCUUUUGGCCCAAUGUCCCCUCUAGUUACUGAAAGGAGACAUGGACUAGAGCACUCUGGCAGAUGGCAGAGAAUGUAUUCUGCACUGCUGUAUGUUCACAUGAUGGUGAAAUGGGCCCCUGUGUUUCUCCUUUGCUUUCAGAUCAGAGUCUUUUGCUGAUCUCAGAUCACUGUGGUGAUUACUGUGAUACUGAGAGUCUCUAUGCAAAAGUGUAUGGAGAGAUCUGUGAGCGUUUUGGAAAGACCUACGGCUGGGAUGUGAAAUCCAGGGUUCUAGGUAGACAAGCUCCAGAAGUGGCAGAGCUUAUUCAAAAUGCUCUGGAUCUUCCAAUAACCAAAGAAGAGUUUUUAACGGAGAGUAGAAUGAAGCUAGAGAAGAUAUUCCCUACUGCUGAGUUGAUGCCAGGGGUCAGUAAGCUGAUCCAUCAUUUACACAAACACAAGGUACCCAUAGCUGUUGCCAGCAGCUCAAGUGAAGCAUCAUUUCAGACAAAAACAACCAGACACAAAGACUUAUUUGGUCUUUUUCAUCAUGUUGUGUUGGGAGAUGACCCUGAGUUGAAGCGUGGCAAGCCACAUCCUGAUCCAUUUUUACUUUGUGCAAAGAGAUUUCAACCUCCUGUACCACCAGAAAAGUGUCUUGUGUUUGAAGAUUCACCACAGGGAGUCAAAGGAGCCCUGGAAGCAGGAAUGCAAGUGGUUAUGAUUCCAGAUGAAAAAUUAAAUCCAGAUCUUAAAAAGGAUGCAACACUGCUGCUGAAGUCCAUGGAAGAUUUCCAACCAGAACUGUUUGGUUUACCAGCAUAUGAUUGAUGACUUAUGCCUAUGAACAUGUUCUUGACUGGAGAUAAAUUAAAAAUUAAAUGAAAUUUUAUUUUGGUUUUAUUACCAUCUUUUACUCUCUUUCUCAAAACUAGAGCAAAAAAAUCCUGUUAACACUCAGUCUUUUACGCAUUACCUUUCAUGAAUUGUCUGGAAUGUUUAUGAUUUGUCCUUUUGAUAAAUGCUAAAUUAAAGCAGCAUCUUUCUGUUAAGUGAAUCCAGCCUUGUUCUAUUCACAUCAUAAUGUUUUCUGGGAAUAUUAUGAAAUUAUUUAGACAAUUUAUUGUAACUGCAUUGGAAGCUUCUUGUUCUGUUUCCCCUUGAAUUACUUACUGUUUACAUCAUGAUCAGAAAUCUGUUCUGGUUUGCCUUUUAUCCCAUUAAAAUAUUUUUGACACCAUUA